UGUGUUAUCAGAAGCGGAGCUGGAGCUAGGCAUCCCAACCUCUACACGGGCCGGGCCCUGUCCCUGCCUCCAACCCUAGUGGAGAUGGGCUCAGCCAAGAGUCUCCCAGUCACUCCAGCGCGGCCUCCGCCACACAACAAGCAUCUGGCUCGAGUAGCGGACCCUCGUUCACCUAGUGCAGGCAUCCAGCGCACUCCCAUCCAGGUGGAGAGCUCUCCACAGCCAGGUCUACCAGCAGGAGAGCAGCUGGAUGGUCCUAAGCAGGCUCAGGACUCAGAUCCUCGCUCUCCUACUCUUGGCAUUGCUCGGACACCUAUGAAGAUCAGCUGUGUAGACCCUCAGAGUCCACUGAUGAAAGAGCUGGGUGAAGUAUUUGAGACAGAAGCCUCCACACUGAAUCUUCCCUCAGAGCCUGUUCUCCUGGAAGCACCUUUAUCUUCUAAACUGGACUUGCCUCUAGAUACUCCAUUAUCCCUUGAGGACCAGAUGUCUCCUUGGAACCAGAAUGAACUCCUCUCCAAACAAGUGUUUUCCAAGGAGGAAGCAAAACAGCCCACAGAAAACCUUUUGUCCAGCCAGAGCUCAGACAAGCCCUCCAGGGACUCUGAGACUCCCCAGUCUUCAGGUUCUAAGCGCAACAGACGGAAACCAAACAGCAAGGUACUAGGGAGAUCCCCUCUCACUAUCCUGCAGGAUGACAACUCCCCUGGGACCCUGACAUCACGACAGGGUAAGUGGCCUUCUCCUCUAAGUGAAAAUGUUAGAGAACUGAAGGAAGGAGCCAUUCUUGGAACUGGACGACUUCUGAAAACUGGAGGACGAGGAUGGGAGCAAAGCCAGGAUCAUGACAAGGAAAAUCAGCAUUUUGCUUUGGUAGAGAGCUAG